CUGCGCCACAUACUCCUAUCCAUUGGCACAGAUACACAUACCUAUCUAUUGGCUUAACUUUUGACCUGAGAUUCUUUAGCAUUUGGGUUUCCAUUCCUUAGAAUCGCUGGACUGAAUACUUCUUUGAUAAGGUGAUAAAGUUCCGGCUAUGAAGUGAAGAUCAAAAGUUUCAUUUCGUUCAACUAUCGAAACCACAAAAAAUGCUACUUGUAAGAAUGCACGAGUUCAAUGAAGCGCUCCAGGUUAUUGGAAGGUUAAAUUCUGGGUUUCUCAGACCAAGCAGGUGGUUUCAUGCUUCUUGUUCAGGAACAGGUGAAAUUGAGAACAUUGUCAAAGUAAUUAAUGAACAUUGUUUUCCCGAUCAGCCAUUGCAGCCCACUCUUGAAAGAUAUAUCAAUCCCGCAUCUUUGUCUCCAUCCUUUGUGAAUAAUGUUCUUGGCCGCUUAUUUGCAGCACAUGCCAAUGGGCUUAAAGCUUGUGAAUUUUUCAAAUUUUGUCUUUUUCAUUCUGAUAAAAGCUCAACACCAGAUGCGUUUGAGAAGACGAUUCAUAUACUGACCAGAAUGCGCUACUUUGAUAAAGCGUGGGAACUGAUGGCAGAAAUCAAGGAGACACAUCCGUCACUCCUUACUCUUAAGUCUAUGAAUAUUAUGUUGUCAAGAAUAGCAAAAUCACAAUCCUAUGAGGACACUCUUGAAGCUUUCGAGAAGUUGGAGAGAGAUAUUUUUGUUGGGAAAAAGUUCGGCACAGAAGAGUUCAAUGCACUCCUACACGCAUUUUGCACUCAAAGGCAAAUGAAAGAAGCUAAAUCUGUGUUCAAUAAGCUUCAUUCCCGGUUUGCUCCAAACACUAAAACAAUGAACAUUCUGCUUUUAGGGUUCAAGGAGGCCGGAAAUGUAACAUCAGUGGAGCUGUUUUACCAUGAGAUGAUCCGAAGAGGCUUCAAGCCUAACUAUGUGACUUACAACAUCAGAAUUGAUGCUUACUGCAAGAAAGGCCGUCUGGGUGAUGCCCUGAGACUGCUGAAAGAGAUGGAAAGUGUUAAUCACUGCUUGCCAACAUUACAAACAAUGACAACUUUGAUAUAUGGGGCAGGGAUUGCUCGGAACAUAAGCAAAGCAAGAGAACUGUUUCAUGAAAUUCCCAAGAGAAACUUAACAAUAGAUGUUUGUGCUUAUAACGCUCUCUUGAGUUCACUUCUCAGGUCUCGGGAUAUCAAAGCUGCAGUUGAGUUAAUGGAGGAAAUGGACGAGAAGAAGAUCUGUCAUGACCAUUUAACCUAUCAUACUAUGUUCUGGGGAUUGAUAAGGUUAAAAGAUGUUCACGGUGUAUAUGGACUGUAUGACAAGAUGACUGAACAGGGGUUCUUGCCAAAGACGCGGAGCGUUGUUAUGUUGAUAAAGUUUUUCUGCGAGAAUCAGAAUAUUGAUUUGGGACUAAGUUUUUGGAACUACUUGUUAGUGAAAGGGCAGUGUCCACAUAGUCAUGCACUGGACCUUCUGGUUACUGCAUUAUGUUCCCAUGGAAGAGUUGAAGAGGCUUUGGAGUGUUCUAAGCAAAUGAUGGAUAGAGGUAGACAUAUAAGUGGAUUGGUGUUCCAGAUGUUGAAGAGAAUUUUGUUGGAGUCGGGUGAAGAAGCGAAACUGCACAAGCUGGAGGAAAUGAUGAAGAAGCUGGAAAUUUUAUUACCACCUUCAAAUGUACAAUACAAGACUCAUGUUCCUUGCUGCUAGGAAAUUUUAACUUGUUUAUUAUUUUGUGAUUUUUUUUUUAAUUUUAUGUGUAACUUUUUCCUUUAUAAUAUAGCGCCUUUCAGCUCUUAAAACGAGUAAAAAUACAAGACCCUCAAAUUCACAUUUUCAGUUCAGACACUUUUAUUUGGUUGUGUUACAUGACUUAAAUUUCAAAUCACUCUGCACAUACCUGGUACCUGUACCUCUCUUAUUUUUUUAUGUACUCAAUAUUUACUUUCUGUGUUUAAAAAAUGCUUUGAUAUGUAAUAACUUGCUCUUUAUAACCACUACUUGUUAAAAUAUCCCCACAUUUAGUACUUGGAAUGAGUGAACUGUGCUGCUCUUUGCUCUAAUAAGUUGAGUUAUUGGUUGUAAGGCCGUCUAAAAGGGGUCACACCAAAGUAUAGCUUGAAGCCUCUUGUCCCUAGAUUAUCUGAACUCCUUGGCAUUGAGGUCAAGAUGGCAAAUGACUGUAUUGGUGAGGAAGUCGAGAAAUUGGUUGCUGAAACUCCAGAGGGUGGUGUGUUGCUUUUGGAGAAUGUGAGGUUCUACAAAGAGGAAGAGAAGAAUGAUCCCGAGUUUGCAAAGAAGCUUGCUGCCCUUGCGGAUUUGUAUGUUAAUGAUGCAUUUGGAACUGCCCACAGAGCUCAUGCAUCCACAGAAGGAGUGGCCAAGUACUUGAAACCAGCUGUAGCUGGAUUCCUUAUGCAGAAGGAGCUUGACUAUUUAGUUGGAGCUGUGAGUAGCCCAAAGAAGCCAUUUGCUGCCAUUGUUGGAGGUUCAAAAGUAUCCACCAAAAUUGCUGUGAUCGAGUCCCUGCUGGAAAAGGUUGACUUGCUAUUGCUGGGUGGAGGGAUGAUUUUUACUUUCUACAAGGCUCAAGGAUACAAAGUUGGAUCCUCGCUCCUGGAGGAAGACAAGUUUGAGCUAGCCAAAUCCCUCAUCGAGAAGGUCAAGUCUAAAGGAGUCUCAUUACUGCUUCCUACUGAUGUUGUGGUUGCAGACAAGUUUUCUGCCGAUGCUAACAGCAAGGUGGUUAGCUCAACUGAAAUUCCAGAGGGGUGGAUGGGGUUAGAUGUGGGACCAGACACAAUCAAGACAUUUGGUGAAGCUUUGGAUACCACCCAAACACUCAUUUGGAAUGGGCCAAUGGGUGUUUUUGAGUUUGAGAAGUUUGCUGCUGGCACGGAGGCAAUUGCAAAGAAAUUGGCAGAGCUUAGCGGGAAUGGAGUGACAACAAUUAUUGGAGGCGGAGACUCAGUUGCAGCGGUUGAGAAAGUCGGGUUGGCAGAAAAAAUGAGCCAUAUCUAGACAGGAAAUUGCUUCCUGGUCUUCUUGCACUUGAUGAUGCUUGAAAGCAACAGGCUUCUUAGACUUUUUUAGCCUUGUUAAAUAAAUAUGAUGCCCAAAUAACAUUUACUCCAUAUUUGUAAAAGGUAUAGUAAAGAACACCAUAUAAAUUUACUACUUCAUACUAAAUAAAUAUGAUGCCCAAAUAACAUAUACACCGUAUUUGUAAAAGGUAUAUCAAUGGAAGUAUGGAACAUUAUAAUAGAUGAUCGGG